AUAACAGUUGUGUUGUCAGUUGUCACUGUUGUCACUUGUCGUGAGAAGCUGGCUGGCGCAGACGGGUCGCUCGCUGCUUCAAUAGCCGAGUAAAAAGGCCAAAUUGGUUUGGAAAAUGUAUUUUUAAUGUUAUAAUAUUCUGAAGACCCGAAAAAACCAAAAUAUAAACGACCAAAAAAAAUGGCUGAGAAACCACCUGACCAUGAAGGUAAAAUAAUGACUCAAAUAUGGACUUUCACGGUGAAUGCGCCAGAUGUCGGCCCCAAAGAAAAAAUGUUCAUCACGGGAAGUAUUCCAGCGCUCGGUGAGUGGGACAACAACAAGGUUGUGUUACUUGACCGCGAAGAAGGUACAGAUUUGUGGUGUAAAUCCAUUACAAUUCCAAACACCUGUGAUAUAUUGUAUCGUUAUGGUAAAUGUAUUGUUAAUGAAGCCAACUCUAAUGCAAUAAUAAUUCGUCAAUGGGAAACACAUCAGCAGCCACGCAUUAUAAAAGAAACAGAUCUUCAUCCUUUUACCGACACAUAUGGCUAUUGCGACAAUAAGCAUAUGGUAUAUUCUGGUUGGCUCACAGUGUCAACAUUGCUACAGUUCAAGUUUAUGAAUAAUCCAUUGAAACUGCAGAGUUGUUUAGCCAAAAGAUUAUUGCGUAUAAAAAUUACGCCUGUUAAAUUAUCAUUUGGUGCAGAUGCACAGGUUGAUGAUUCAUCCCUUAGCACUGAUGCUAGUGCUGGUCCUGAGUGUGGGGUACUGGUUGAUGUGUCAACACUCCAUGAUGACCCAGCAAUCUGUGUUAUGAAGCCACAGGAUCAAUUUGGCAGAGACUACAAGCAAGAUGAUGUGUUACUAAUAAAUGUCACAGCUCCUAAUAUAAAUGCUCUUGCAUAUCUUGUGGACUUCUAUGCCUACAGUAGCAGAGCUGCAUCAGAAGACCCACCAUGCCAUGUGGGUUACACAUAUGUUCUUCCAAAUAUGUUUAAGUCCUCAGAGGGUGCUCUUGAUUUACCUGUGACUUGUAAUGUCAAACAUAGGCCUUUGGGAACAGUAAAUAUUGGGUACCUAAUUGUGAACCCUAUGCCUGAACAACUCUGCGACCUCAGCAUGUCUUUAGGAAAAUUUUGGGAUCCCACUUGGACUGGUUUAGAAGUUGGACAUAGAGGUUUAGGUGCUAGCUUUAAAACCAAAGAUGGGGAUGCUAUUCGUGAAAAUACCAUAGCAUCUCUUAAAAAGGCAGCUGCCAGUGGGGCAGACUUACUAGAAUUCGAUGUUCAGCUAAGUAAGGAUAUGGUGCCAGUCAUUUAUCAUGAUUUUUAUGUAUGUAUAUCAAUGAAAAGAAAGAGAGAAGUUGAACAUACAGAAAUGUUGGAAGUACCUGUGAAGGAUUUGACCUUAGAGCAUCUACAAAAAUUAAAGGUUUAUCACCUACUUGAAGGACGUAAUCAAGAAACAUUAUUUUUCGAUGACGAAUUAGAAGAACACCAACCUUUUCCUACUUUAGAAGAAACUUUGAAAAAAAUUGAUCCACAUGUUGGUUUCAAUGUGGAGUUGAAGUGGACCAUGGAAUUGAAUGAUGGCACAUUUGAAUUGAACAACCCAUUCGAUAUGAAUACGUACGUAGACAAGGUUUUAGAAACUGUUCUAAAACACGCCGGUGAUCGCCGCAUUAUAUUCUCUUGUUUCAACCCCGACAUUUGCACGAUGGUCAGACAAAAGCAGAAUAAAUAUCCUGUGAUGUUUUUAACUAUUGGUAUAACAAAAAGAUACCAGCCAUACCGCGAUGCUAGAUGUUCCAGCAUACCACUUGCCGUACAGAGCGCAGUCAGUACGGAAAUAUUGGGGGUCGUUGUACACACUGAAGAUUUGCUCAGAGAUCCAACUCAGGUGAAACUCGCAACAGACGCUGGUUUGAUCAUAUUCUGUUGGGGUGACGACAUAGUCAACAAAAGUGUCGUGAAGAAACUCAAAGACAUGGGACUCCAUGCUGUCAUAUACGACAAGUUGGACCAGUACACCACUAAAGAUGUGAAGGAGAGCAUAUUCCUGAUGGAAGCGCGGGAGUCACAGCGAGAACUCAUGCACCAAGCUGCUCUUGAUGAUGAGGCUUCUACCAAACCUUCUAGCUCGGAACAUGAAAACUAUGUCGUGAACCUUGAAGAUCGACCAUUCUUCAACCUUAGUGCUCGUGAAGCUAUUGAUGACCGGUCUACUGUCACAUCGCUAGAAUCAAUCGUUUGUGAUGAUGCUAGAACAGAACAUGACAAAGACAUUAUAGAGCCCAUCAAUAAAGAAGACCAAGUCAAAGAUCGAGAUAACAUUAUGAAACCGUAUCCGUAUCCCUGCGAUACUUCUAAACUUCUGCCAAAAAAGAAGAAACGUAGAAAUUAAAAUAUAAGUCAUAGCAAAUUAUCUAGAUCCCUAUAAAUACUUGCUCAAAUUUUAGAAUGAAAACCAAAUACAUUGUUUAUGACCUUUGAAGCGUAAUAUUGAGAUAGGUACUGUACUUCUGUAUCAUCAGUUUUUUUUUAAUUGAUGCAUGAACCAACACACCUCAUUUUAAGUAUUAUGUGUAAAACGAUUUAUAAAAUCAAUUGCUUUAUGUAGGGCUGUAGACAUGUGUAACUACGAAUUUAUUUUUGAUAAUAUGAUGUUUAUAAUAUUAAAUUAUUGUGUUAGUAGUCUUACCUGUAUGUAGUGGAUUUUCUAUAUUUACCAAUGUAUUGGAUUUAGUUGUUUUAGAUUAAAAAUAGGCAGGUAGUAAAAACAAAUUAUACAGGAAUAAAAUGUUAAUAUUAUGAUAAAUCUAUAUUUUAGUAUUAAACAAAUAACUCGAAAAAAACAGUAACAUACAGUGACAUAUCGUAACUACCUUAAUAAAUACCUAUCCAUUUCUUUUUUUAGAAUAGGUUUCUUAAAAUAGUUGUAUAAGUCAAACAUGUUAUCUUAUAAAUACAAUUUAUAAAAUUCAACCUCAAGCGCCAUUCUCCAUUUAUACCGAAAUAAAUUAUAGAAUUGCAAAAUAUACAUAGUUUAAUACAAGGCUAUGUUUAGAUUUUACUGUGAUAUUUUUUUAUACUUAUUGUAAAAAAAUCAACAAGUUCCCGAGAAACAAAACAUGUAACCAUUCACACAUAAACUCUUUUUGUAAUUAACGAUAAGUAUCAAAACGUUAUUUUUUAUUUUAUAUUUUCAUAAACAUUAUUUAUAAUAAAUAUUGUUUCUGUGAUCCAAUUUUGAGUUUUAU